GCGAUGAGCGGCUUUACGCGGCGGUGAUGCCCGCGCUCCGGGUGCUUCCCCCUGAGGCCGCCCACGGCCUGGCUUUGCGCGCCGCCGCCCUCGGAUUGCUGCCCUCCACCCGUCCCGACGGCCCCGCGCUGGGCAGGGGAGGCGGCCGGGUCUGUCAGGAGGGUUGUUGGAGCGAGGCAUUGGCAAUAGUUCCUGGAGUCUCUGGGCUCUGACCCAGCCCCAGCCCCUCAGGAGGUGCGAGUCCUCGGGCAUCGAUUCUGCAACCCAUUGGGCCUGGCUGCUGGCUUCGACAAGCAGGGUGAGGCUGUGGACGGGCUGUACAAGAUGGGCUUUGGUUUUGUGGAAGUGGGGACUGUCACGCCCAAAUCCCAGGAAGGGAACCCCAAGCCCAGGGUCUUCCGUCUGGCAGAGGACGAGGCAGUCAUCAACAGGUAUGGAUUCAACAGCCAUGGCCACGUUGCGGUGGAGCGCAGGCUGCGAGCCCGCCAGGAGACACAGAUCAGGCUCACUAGGGGUGCUCUGGCCAUUGGGUGGUGGUUGGUCGUGCUGCCCUGGUUCAGCUGUGUCUGUGUUCCAGCUGGGAUGCCUCUUGGAGUCAACCUGGGCAAGAACAAGAGUUCUACCGAUGCUGUAGCUGACUAUGUGGCUGGGGUCCGGACACUGGGCCCCUUGGCUGACUACCUUGUUGUGAACGUGUCCAGCCCGAACACCCCAGGGCUGCGGGACCUGCAGGGCAAGGCUGAGCUGCGGGACCUGCUGAGCAAGGUGCUGGCGGAGAGGGACCUGCUGCCCUGCGAGCGUAAGCCAGCCGUGCUGGUGAAGAUUGCCCCUGACCUCACUGCACAGGACAAGCAGGACAUCGCCAGCGUUGUCUGUGAGGUAGGUGUGGAUGGGCUGAUAGUCAGCAACACCACUGUGAGCCGCCCCAGCAGCCUCCGGAGCAGGCAGCGCCUGGAGCAUGGGGGCCUCAGUGGGAAGCCUCUGCGGGAGCUCUCCACACAGACCAUCAGGGAGAUGUAUGCUCUCACUCAAGGCCGGGUUCCCAUUAUUGGCGUGGGUGGGGUGAGCAGUGGGCAGGAUGCUCUAGAGAAGAUCCGUGCCGGAGCCUCGCUUGUGCAGCUGUACACAGCACUUGUGUACCACGGGCCACCAGUGGUGGGGGCAGUGAAGCGGGAACUGGAGGAGCUGCUGAGGGCUUCAAGAACGUCAUGGAGGCAGUUGGAGCAGAUCACCGCUGCUGACGCACUGCAGAAUGAAGGUCUAGCUGGGAAGAGCCAUGGUGGAGCAGGGAUGGAUGUGACAGUUCCAGUGCUGGGCAGACUGGGACUAAGACGAGGUCCUGGUUCUAGCUGCUGGGAAGGGUCUGAUGGAUGGAGCAGAGGCUGCACUGGUGGAGAGCAGGGGACAGGGCUUUCACAACAGUGCUGCUUUUCAGGGCUGUGUUUUGGCUUCCCUGUGGACAGCAGAACUGAUUGUCAAUAAACAUUUGGCUCACCUGG